GUUGUUUUACCGAUGCCUUAAAAGUAAGUUGAAUGGGAAGAAAUGGUGUGCAAGCGUCCCAUGGCAGGAUCCAAAAGCUACCAAAGUGUCAAAAACCUUGGAAUCACAGCUCAACACAGCACCUCUCUUUAAUCCCAGCGGCCAAAGAAAUCCGUUCAAAGUGAUAGACAAGAAUUGUGAACCAUCAUCCUGGAAACAAAUUAAGCAAGGCAAUGGAGAGGAAAGUAAAGCAAAAGGAGUAAAAGCAGAGAAAGAGGGCGUGCUGGUGUCACAUAAAGAAAAGAAAUCAACAUCUGAUUCCUCCAUAGAGAAAGAACCUCUAGAAGGGCUGAAAACUAAAAAGAAGCAGUCCACAGGAAACAGGAAUGAUCCAGAACUAAAGGAAAGCACAGUGUCUGAAUCUAAACUUGGUCUUUCUGAGACUUGGGGAGGGAAAAACAGCAAAAAGGAAGAGAAAUAUGGUGGCGGUGGCAGGGAAUCCAAGAAGUCUUCUGAGCGUGUGGAGAAAGAGCCAGGCGGGAGAUCAAAGCUCUUUCCUCUAAGUCUUGGAAAGCAAAGUACAAGUAGUAAGCCUCCAGAGGAGGAACAGCUCGGAGAGAAAAGCUUAAAAAGCUGUGGGGGUAAAGAAACCAGAGAGAAAGAAUAUGUUGGUGGGAAGAAUGGAGAAAAGAAACUGAUGUCCAAAGAAGGUGUGAUUUCCCCAGCAGUACCACAAUCUGCAUUGCAACAUACUGCCCUGAAGGGAGGAGCAGAGCCAGUGCCACCCAAGACACAAAUCAGGCCACAGCUGGGACAGCCUGCUGAUGAAGUCUCUGGCAGUGACACUGAUGAAGUAGGAUUUGUUUAUUCCUCAUCAGGUAAAAGUAAACCUGAGAAAUCCGUUGAGGGUUUGCAGUCAAGAGAGGUUCCUUCAGGAAAAUCAGGGAAGAGUAUGGAGGGGACAUCUUUGCCAGGAGCUGCAGCAUUGCAUCACGUGGAAGGAUCCCAGGACCCUAAAGCUCUUCACAACCAUCUUGUAGUCCAGCUGAAACAGAAGAAGAGCACAUUGGCUACAGUCAACAUUCAGCUGCUGCCAGAUAAAGGGGAACGGUUAUUAAAGCAAGUGCAGGAUUUGGAAGCUGCACUUGGUGCUCUUAACAUUUCGCCAGCAGACACUACUGAAAAAGGGGAGAAUAGUGCAAGCAGUGGCUGUCGUGAGGAAUCUUUGCCUAACCCAUUUGGCAGGCCAGGGGGUACAAAGUUGAUAACACCACUACCGCUCCAGGAUCCUACAGCAGGGACCUCUUCAGGCUCACGCAGUCACCCCUCUGAUGCUGCUACUUUGGGUUCCAGUGAAUAUUGUGACCAUCGUUUUGGAAUGAACUCUGGUGUGCAGAGUCUAUAUGGAGGAAGAAUGACAGAAGACCGAAUCAGAGCUGUACACAGUGCCACAAGUGAUGCUAUUAAUCAUCUUCACAAAUCUCUGGAAUCCUGUCCAACAGAGCAGACAGUAGCUGAAGAUCCCUCUGGAUUGAAGGUUCCACUGCUGCUGCACCAAAAACAAGCGCUUGCAUGGCUACUCUGGAGAGAGGGUCAGAGACCGUGUGGAGGAAUUCUGGCGGAUGACAUGGGCUUGGGGAAGACUCUAACGAUGAUCGCUCUCAUUCUGGCCCAGAAGCAGCUGAAGGCAGAGAAAAGAAAGGAGAAGUUAGAAAUACGGCUAUCCAAAAAUGAUUCCACUGUUAUCCCUUCCCACAGCACUUUAAUCAUUUGUCCUGCAUCCUUGGUCCAUCACUGGAAGAAAGAGAUUGACAGACACGUGGGCUGUGGCAAACUGAGGGUGUAUUUGUACCAUGGGCCAAACAGAGAUAAACAUGUAGAAGCACUCUCUGAAUAUGAUGUUGUUGUCACAACCUACAGCCUUCUCUCCAAGGAGGUUCCCACAAGCAAAGAGGAGGGGGAAGUCCCUGCUGAGGACCAUGACGUGGGGAGUGGGUCAUCUCCCUGUUCCCCUCUGCUCAGGGUAGCUUGGGCUCGAGUUAUAUUGGAUGAAGCUCACAAUAUUAAAAACCCUAAGGUUCAAACCUCUAUAGCUGUGUGCAAACUGAGAGCCAGUGCCAGAUGGGCUGUCACCGGGACGCCGAUACAGAACAAUUUACUGGACAUGUACUCUCUCCUGAGGUGA